CUUUACAUUUUGUAAUAAAUUGAAACAUUUUACAGCUGCUACAUAAAAUUUAUUGAUCGUAAUAAAUGUGGACUGUAUUGUUAGUUACCAGCCAUGCUGAAGAACGAUAACCUACGGCUUAUAUCUUUAGCACUCUGUUUGUUUUAUACGAACGCUGUAUUCGCUUCAAGUAUAAAACCAGAUAUUCUAGAGAGUUUGGAUCAAAUUCGUGGUUUGGAUUUAUCUGAAAAGGACAAGCGUAGAUAUCAUAUAUGGGAACAAGGAAUGGUUCCUUAUUAUAUAGACGACUUUUCUUUUGACAAAGUUCUACGGGAUAGAAUACGGUUUUACUUAGACCAGUUAAAUAAGGCGACUGGUUUGCACUUCAUGGAGAUUCCGCAGCCACCCGAAGAUUAUAAACAGCGUUGGGUCUUCUUCCUUAACAGGAAAAGUCAGCUGGGAUGUGAUGAUGUUUCUUAUAACAAUUAUACCAAUAAAGGAGUGCAGAGGGUAGUUUUGGGAUACGACUGUCUUACGCCCGAAGAUUUGGAUGAGAUAAUCCUCUCUUUAGUAGGAGUUCCACCUCAGCACAAUGCACCAGAUCGUGAUGACUAUGUCACCGUAAAUUGGGAUAAUAUUUUGCCAGAUAAACAUUAUUUGUUUGAGAAAUUGAAAACCGAUGAAUGGGCCUUUGGUAAAUUAAAAUAUGAUUUUUCGAGUGCUGGCCAUUAUCGCACACAUAAAUAUACUUCAAAUGGAGGUGAAACGAUUACACCAAAGAAUUUAGAACACUAUAUGGAAGGAAGAAAAGGCCUGAGUUCCAUAGACAUUAAGAAAAUAAGAAUGUUUUAUAAUAAUAUUUCUUUUAAAGCCAAAAAACCUAUGCAAGUACCAGAAUGUAGCAAAUUAUUUGUACCUGGAAAAAAUUUCAGUAAAUAUAUUACUCCUAAAGUAAGUGUAAGCUCAGAAAAACCAGAAAUAAUAUGUGAUUCAGAAAAUGCAAGCAAUCAUGACUGUCAUAAAAAUAAAGAUAAGAAGGAUGUUGGGGAUGACGACAACGAAGAUGUCAAUAAUGAUAGAGAAAAAAAUAAUACAGAUAUUAAAGAUGAAAAAAAUGAUAACAAGUCUGGUGAAAAUAAUGACAAGCAAGAUAGCAAAGUAAAAAUCGAGUCUACAGAGGAAAAAAAAAUACUAAGUAAAGAUGAAAAAUUACCAAAUAGUAAAGAAAAAGCUCUUUUGUUACUAAAAUAUCACGAGGUUGAAAAAAUUAAAUCUCCAAAUAUUAAAAAAAAACAAGUAGAAGUUACCAAAUCCAAAUAUAAAGCUAUUAAAAACCUUCAAAAUUCACAAACAACGGAAAUAAAAUCAGAUGAAGAUGAAAAUACUAAGUAUCCUAAAAAACUGAAAGGAGAAACUGGAGAGAACAAAUCCGUAAAUAGCGAAGAAAAACAUUUCUUGCUCGCAAAGUACCAAAGUAUUAAAAAUAAUAAGUAUGCAAAAAUCACCAAGUAUUCUAAAAAAAUUAAAGGGGAAACUGAUGAUAAUAAAUCGGUAAAUAGCGAAGAAAAAACAUUGUUGCUCGCAAAGCACCAAAGUAUUAAAAAUGAUAAAUAUGCAAAAAACACCAAGUAUUCUAAAAAAAUUAAAGGGGAAAAUGAUGAUAAUAAAUCGGUAAAUAGCGAAGAAAAAAAUUUCUUGCUCGCAAAGUACCAAAGUAUUAAAAAGAAUAAAUAUGCAAAAAACACCAAGUAUUCUAAAAAAAUUAAAGGGGAAACUGAUGAUAAUAAAUCGGUAAAUAGCGAAGAAAAAAAUUUCUUGCUCGCAAAGUACCAAAGUAUUAAAAAGAAUAAAUAUGCAGAAAACACUAAGUAUUCUCAAAAAAUCAAAGGGGAAACUGACAACAGCAAAUCGUUAGACAGCGAAGAAAAACAUUUUUUGUCCCAAAAAAAUUACAAGUUUGGGAAAAGUAGACUUUCAAAAACUCCAAACGCACAUAAAGACAAAAAAUCUCAAAAUAAUAAUAAGAAAAAACGAGUUUUAUUAAAAGGUAAUUCUAAUAAAUUGCCACGUAAAAUUUUGGGGAAAUCCGAUUAUGAAACUGGAGAGGAAAAUGUUAAUUUUCAUUUUAAAUAAAAUAAUAUUUGUUAUUUAAAAA